UUUUCUCAGCUUGCUCUCCCUUCAGAUCUGAAUGUGAUAACAAACUGCAGACUGUGCAUUGGGUGUUUGUUUGCAUCUCUACAUCUUACAGCUUUUCUGAAGGAUACAAUUUUACAUUGCCCUGAAUUUGAGCAGUAAAGGAUAAAUUUGAUCACCACCUGACUCGUCUCUUCACUGUGAUGAAGAAAUGAUUGUCUAAAAUAAACUCUUUGUUAUGCUGCUAAAAUUGCCUUUAAAUCUAAAAUCUGUGCUGAUUUUAAAAAAUCAAAACCAAAAAUGUCAGAACCUGACCCUUCAUCUGGAUUUUUAGGAAACAUGGAAAAUGGGACUUUUCUGGAGCUGUAUCCCACAUCCCUUUCGACUUCAGUGGAUUCAUCUUCUGACCAUUUAUCCAAUGUCUACGUAUACGUUUCUAUAUUCCUCAGUCUCUUAGCUUUUCUCCUUUUGCUAUUGAUCAUUGCACUUCAGAGGCUUAAAAACAUAAUUUCUUCCAGUUCCUCUUACCCAGAAUAUAAUAGUGAUGCUGGAAGUUCUUUCACUAAUUUAGAAGUCUGCAGCAUUUCUUCCCAACGAUCCGCUUUCUCAAACCUUUCUUCAUGAAAAAUCCGUGAAAGAGAGGACACAGGGAAUGGAACCACUUUGUCCAGCUUCAUGGGGAGGUUCUGCAUGCAACACUUGCCUUAGAAGACUAUCACAAAGAGAUGACUUUUGAAGUUUCCUUAUCUCUUUCUUUCCCAUUUUAGCCUUCAUUUUCCCUUUUACUAAAGUUAAUGUUUCAUUCUGCGAAAAGGAAAAUGACACUCUGUUGUUUUGUGCCUGUAAUCGUGAUGUUGUCUUUUUCCUACACAUUUAUGUGCGUUCAUUAAGAGUAUUCCCGACGUAAUAUGGUUUUAGUCUGAUUAGUCUGAUGUACCAUUUUUCUGUUGUGGUUGUGACUCCUUUUCUGGUUGUGUUUUAGUAGUACUGUUGUCUUCUUUUUUUUUUCUUUUUUCUUUUUCAGUAGAUUAAGACUUGAUGAAACUCAUACUGAAAAGAAUCAGUUUAAAUUAUAAAUGGAGUGCCAGGACAAUUUAAAGUCAUUGGUGUUGGUUGUUUUUAAUUUUG